UAUAUGUAAAUGUUUCACCUUUCUUCGCUCUCUUCAGCUUCUUCAUCGAACGGGAGUCUCUUCUAGUUCUAGCUACUUACGCGUUUGCCGUUUGUUCGUGGACUCGAGAUAUUGGUGAUAAAGGAGAUUGUGGUUUCUAAAGCAAAGAAGAUGAGUGGAGUUGGAGAGAAAGCUUCUGGAACAACUAAAACACCUGCUGAUUUCUUGAAGUCUAUCCGUGGUAAACCAGUUGUUGUGAAACUCAACUCUGGUGUUGAUUAUCGAGGCAUUCUCACUUGUCUUGAUGGGUAUAUGAACAUCGCAAUGGAGCAAACCGAAGAGUACGUAAAUGGCCAGCUAAAGAACAAAUAUGGCGACGCUUUUGUCCGUGGCAACAAUGUUCUUUACAUCAGCACAACGAAGGGGACCUUGUCAGAUGGAGCCUAGCUCUCUUUCAACACCAUGAAUGGUCAUCUUCUUCUACCUCUGCCAUAUGACAAAUGAAGGAUUUGUAGCCACCAGAGAGAUUUUUAUCUUCUCUUAAUCAAUUUGACAUGUCUUUUUUUCUUACAACUCUGCAACUCAGUUUGUGUCUGAAUCAUCUUCAAAAUCCUGAGAAAGAGCCAGAUUUUUGUUUUAUAAUGUAGCCUAAUCAUUGGUGUUUUGAUGACGCACUCACUUGCGUCACAAUCUGA